AUGGCAAGCGCAGUCCUCUCUCAAAAGCGAGUUCUGGGCGAGAACAACGCUCGUCAGAACAUCACAUCCUCUCCUACUUCAGCGAAAAAACGCAAAGUUGAUGCCAUUCCUUCAUCUCCCGCUACCGCAAGGGUUCCCGGUUCUCAGAAUGACCACCGAUCCAAGAUGGCUGCCAGCCAGCCAAAGAGUGCUUUCGAAUCAGAAGUUCUCGAAAAGCUCAGCCAAGAUUUAUCGGAUAGGAAACGAAAUAAUACCGAGAAAGAUCAAGCAUGGGAUCGACCACCUUUAGUUGACUUCGUACCCGAGCGUGACAGUCUUUGCUUCCAGUCUAUCGAGGCAGAAGAGGGCACAUUACAUGGUGGAAGGGCUACUGUCAAACUGUUUGGUGUGAACGAGGCAGGAAACUCGGUCAUGCUUCACGUCACUGACUUCAAGCACUAUCUCUAUGUCCCUGCCCCAGUCAACUUCCAGCCUCAGGAUUGUGCAGCCUUCAAGGCCUACCUGGAGACACAGGUUGCCCAGCACCAACCUACCAUUCACUCCGUUGCUUUCGCCAUGAGAGAAAACAUCUACGGAUUCCAAGGAAACCAGUCCAAGCCUUACUUGAAGGUCACCGUCACUGACCCCAAGUUCAUCAACAAAGUCCGCACCACUAUUCAGAGCGGCAAUGCCAACUGGAAAGGAAUGUGGAGGAAUGAUGGCGAAGUUCAGACAUUCGACAAUCUCCAAUAUUUGCUGCGAUUCAUGGUUGACUGCAGGGUUCGAGGCAUGUCCUGGGUUGAAGCUCCAGCAAAGACUUACAAGCUCGUCAACGACCACAUCCGCCAAUCGAAUUGUCAGAUCGAAGCUGAAGUUAGCUAUCUUGAUCUCAUCGCGCAUGAGCCGGUCGGCGAAUGGUCGAAAAUGGCGCCAUUACGUAUUCUGUCCUUUGAUAUCGAAUGUGCUGGUCGCAAGGGUAUCUUUCCUGAGGCAAACCACGAUCCUGUUAUCCAGAUCGCCAACAUCGUCACUAAAUAUGGAGAGAAGAAACCCUUCGUCCGAAAUGUUUUUUGUUUGCAGGAGACAGGCUCUAUUGUAGCAACCCAGAUUCUCGAGUACGAAAAGGAGGAGAAGAUGCUUAGCGACUGGCAAAAAUUCCUGAUCAGAGCCGACCCCGAUAUCAUCACUGGUUACAAUAUUUCCAACUUCGAUUUUCCAUACUUGCUCGACCGAGCAAAGCAUCUUAAAGUACCCGGAUUUGAGUACUGGACUCGAAUCCCCAGCAUGCAGUCUAAAGCCAAGGAGACCAACUUUUCCAGCAAGCAGAUGGGUAACAGAGAUACCAAAGCCACCAAUACCAACGGUCGAUUGCAAUUGGAUCUUCUUCAGCUGAUUCAGCGCGACCACCACCUUCGAAGUUACACUCUGAACUCUGUUUGUGCCAAUUUCUUGGGCGAGCAGAAGGAAGAUGUGCACCACACCAUGAUCACCGAACUCUUCAACGGUACCCCUGAGUCUCGAAGACGUCUCGCUCUGUACUGUUUGAAAGAUGCAUACCUUCCGCAGAGACUGAUGGACAAGCUGUCAUGUUUGGAAAACUACACUGAGAUGGCAAGAGUCACAGGUGUACCCUUUAAUUUCUUGCUCUCCCGAGGUCAACAAAUCAAGUUCAUCAGCCAACUGUUCCGAAAAGCACUGGAGCAGAAGCUCGUUAUCCCCAACCUCAAGUCAGAAGCUUCUGAUGAACAGUACGAAGGUGCCACGGUCAUUGAACCUACUCGAGGUUACUACGAUGUUCCAAUCGCCACGCUGGAUUUCGCAUCUCUGUAUCCCAGUAUUAUGCAGGCACACAACCUUUGUUACACCACGCUAGUCAGCAAGAAGGCCAUCGAAGCUUUCAAUCUCCAAAAGGAUGAGGACUACAUCGUUACUCCAAAUGGCGAUACUUUUGUGACAACUAAGCAACGCAAGGGCUUACUGGCGCAGAUUCUCGAGGAAUUGCUAGCUGCACGUAAACAGGCCAAACGUGAACUGGCCGUUGAGACAGACCCUUUCAAGAAGGCUGUGCUGAAUGGUCGACAACUGGCUUUGAAGGUCAGCGCAAACAGUGUUUACGGUCUGACAGGUGCAACGACAGGAAAGCUUCCUUGUCUUGAAAUUGCCAGUAGUACAACGAGUUUUGGCCGAAAGAUGAUUGAAAAGACCAAAGAAGAAGUGGAAAAACGCUACAACAUCGCCAACGGUUACUCACACGAUGCUCAGGUCAUCUACGGUGAUACUGAUUCAGUCAUGAUCAAGUUCGGCACCAAGGACCUCCAGGAAGCCAUGAAGCUCGGUGAGGAAGCAUCAAAGUUCGUGUCGGAAAAGUUCGUGAAGCCGAUCAAGCUUGAAUUCGAAAAAGUGUACUUCCCAUACCUUCUCAUCAACAAGAAGCGUUAUGCGGGUCUCUACUGGACCAAGCCGGAGAAGUAUGACAAGAUGGACACCAAGGGUAUCGAGACGGUACGACGUGACAACUGUCUUUUGGUGCAGACUGUGAUCGAGAAAGUCCUACGAAUGAUCUUAAUUGAUCAAGAUGUCCAAGGCGCACAAGAGUACGUCAAAGAGACGAUUGCAGAUCUGCUGCAAAAUAAGGUCGACAUGUCGAAAUUGGUCAUCACAAAAGCCCUUGCAAAGGAUGAUUAUGCCGCAAAGCAAGCCCACGUCGAGCUGGCACAACGGAUGAAGAAGCGAGAUGCAGGCUCGGCCCCGGGACUCGGUGACCGAGUGGCCUACGUCAUGGUCCGAGGCCCUGCCGGCGCCAAAAACUUCGAGAAGUCGGAGGACCCCAUCUACGUGCUUGAGCACAACGUGCCGAUAGAUACGCGCUACUACCUGGAUAACCAGCUAGCGAAGCCACUCGGCCGUAUCUUUGAACCGAUUCUCGGGGAGACCAAGGCGCGCUCUCUACUCACAGGCGACCACACGCGAGUCAUCUCAGUAGCGGCUCCUACCGUUGGAGGUCUCAUGAAAUUCGCCAAGAAGACACAGACAUGCAUGGGUUGCAAGAAGCCUCUGACAGGAAAAGAGGAGUCUGAGGGAGCGGUAUGCUCCAAUUGCGCGCCUCGAGUGGGCGAGCUUUACAAGAAGACGCUUGAUCGCGUGUCAGACCUCGAAGUACGCUUCGGGCGACUGUGGACCCAGUGUCAACGCUGCCAGGGUAGUAUGCACUGCGAGGUUAUCUGCAGUAGCAAAGAUUGCCCCAUUUUCUAUAUGCGCAUGAAAGCUAAGAAAGAUCUUGAGGAUGCUGGUCGCGAGCUCACUCGGUUUGAUGCUGACCAGGCGGCCAUAUGGUGA